AUGGUUCUUAUAUCUUGUUUUUUUAACUUUUCCACCACAAUAUUACUUCUUUCUUUUCUUUCUUUCUUUCUUUCUUUCUUUCUUUCUUUCUUUCUUUCUUUCUUUCUUUCUUUUCAAUGGUUCUUAUAUCUUGUUUUUUUAACUUUUCCACCACAAUAUUACUUCUUUCUUUCUUUCUUUCUUUCUUUCUUUCUUUCUUUCUUUCUUUCUUUCUUUUCAAUGGUUCUUAUAUCUUGUUUUUUUAACUUUUCCACCACAAUAUUACUUCUUUCUUUCUUUCUUUCUUUCUUUCUUUCUUUUCUUUCUUUUCUUUCUUUUCUUUUCAAUGGUUCUUAUAUCUUGUUUUUUAACUUUUCCACCAAUAAUACUUCUUUCUUUCUUUCUUUCUUUCUUUCUUUCUUUCUUUCUUUCUUUCUUUCUUUCUUUUUUUCAAUGGUUCUUAUAUCUUGUUUUUUUAACUUUUCCACCACAAUAUUACUUCUUUCUUUCUUUCUUUCUUUCUUUCUUUCUUUCUUUUUCUUUCUUUCUUUCUUUUCUUUUUUCUUUCUUUCUUUUCAAUAUUCUUAUAUUUUUUUUUUAACUUUUCCACCACAAUAUUACUUCUUUCUUUCUUUUUCUUUCUUUCUUUCUUUCUUUCUUUCUUUCUUUCUUUCUUUUCAUGGUUCUUAUAUCUUGUUUUUUUAA